AUGUCUGAUGAAGAGAUUAUCACUACUUUAGCCUAUACCAAGAGCCCCAAGUUCUCCAAAAGAACCACUUUUCAGGACGAGCUACAAGAAGCACUUCUUGCUCGUGCAAUAAAGCAGGAGACUGAAGAAUAUUCAGAAGACUUUGAAAGUGACGAAUACUCAGAAGAGGAAUUUCCUGAAUCUGAAAAAAACAUCUGUCCUAAAUCAGCAGUCUUUACAGUAUCACCAUCUAACUUUAAUCUUUGUAACGCUUUAAAAAGUGAAAGUGCCGAUGACUUGUCUUCAUCAGAGGAAUAUGAGGGAUCUCAAUAUGUCUCCAUUCUGGAGAGAAAAGUUUUGAGCAAAGAGAGGCAAACUAUUCCCUUUUCGCUUACUGAACACCCUAGAUCAUGUAAAAGGAGUACGGCAAAGCAAUCCAGUCCAUUUGAAAUAUCGUUGUCAAAUCGCUAUUCUUUUGGAAAGCAAACGGUUGGUAACUUGCCGUUAACAAACCAUGAAGAAAUGCCUCAAGAAGCAACCACAUCAGAAAAUAAACAUUUGGUCAGAGACACCGAAGAUGAUACAGUUAUUGAAGAAAGAUCUGAUCGUGAAGAAGACGACAAUCAUGCAGAGGAAACAAUUAGGUGUGAAUUGUCACUAGAGGAAAAGGAUACGGUCCAGGAUGAAACCGAAAGCAAGCCGGUGCCAAAACCAAGGGGGUUCAAGACUAAGGCUGCGUCAGCAUCAGCUGAAAAUAUAAGCAUCCCUGCAUUAUAUGAUUUUUCAAAGCCAUCCCCUCAACCUAGAAGUAUUUUGAGGAAAAGUAGCCAUAUGGAAGAUUACGAAGGAACCAAGUCAGAGGGAAGAAUUCCUAACCACCACCGGCUGUUUUCAUUAUCUGCACCAUCUUCUGAGACAAGAUUAAACGAUCAGGUGACGAAAUCUGAAAGAAGAGCGCUUUCUGAAAGUCCUGGUGCUGAGGGCCCCUUGAUUGAAAACUCGUCAGCCUCAUCACCUAUCCAUUUUUCAUCAGUAAAAGAGAAAACUGGAGAUGCCAAUUUGGCAAUAUCUGGAAAUGAAACCUCUUCUAAAGAUAACGAACAUCAAGAAAUUGACAAUUGCCAUGAUCUCAGAUUGCUGGAGAAUGAAAGAAAAUCUCCUUCGGUUAUAGAAUUAAUGAUGACCACAGUUUAUGAGAAUACUAAGAAGCAAUAUAAGCCAACUGAAGUCUUUCUAGAACAAAAAGUGCAGAUGUUAAAACCCAGUGUCAUUGAAAAUAAUUCUAUUGAGACACCAAAAGAUGAUCAAUCAGAACAGAAAGUAGCAUUAACUACUUCAAAUUCUAUACUGGAUAAUUCAAAGGAUUUUGUAAAGGAAAAGUGUGAAGAGAUAGAGGCAGUUCCACAAAAAGCUAAGAUCAGGUCUGUGAGCACUACAUAUUUGAAGAAUACAGGGAAAUGCUCUCCUGUCCCAAGAAGUACAUCUGCUCAAUAUUUAGGAACAUUAAAGUUCUUGGACGACAAGCAUCUACAAAAAUACAGCGCUGAGCUAGAUAAAGCAGAUAGUUUACGAGCAGCUGUUUACCAGGACUGGUUGGAGAAGAAGAGAAUCUUCCUUUUGGAAUUACAAAGAAUAAAAAGAACCAAGGCCAAGAUCUUGCGAGAGAAAAAUGAAAAGAAAGAAGCUGCUAAAAGAGAAGAAGCGUUUGCAUCCUUUGAAGCUUGGAAGGCUAUGAAAGAAGAAGAAGCAAAACAGCUGGCCGAGAAAAAAAAAAUGGAAGCAGCCAAGAAAAAGAAGGAAGCCGAACUAAAUGAGAAGAAAAAGGAAGAGGCCCAAAAGGCUUUUGAGAAAUGGAAAAAAAAGAAAACCGCGUAUUUAAAACAGCAAAUGCAAAAGGAGAAAAGAUUUGAAGGGUUAAAAAAGAAGAAGGAGAAGGAGCUUGUUGCAGAGAAGAGAAAAGACAGCAGAUCUGCAGUUGAAAAAUGGAAUGAGAAAAAAGAAGAAUUCAUGAAGCAAAAGAAAAAAGAAAAAAUCCAAGAAAGGAAAAAAGAAAUAGAAGAACAAGUUGAGAAAGAAGAACAAGAUAAAAGAGCUCUAGAUGAAUAUACAAAAUGGCUGGAAAAGAAAGAGAUGGACGAAAGUAUGCACACAAAACCAAAAAAACUUCAGGUUAUUCUCGAGGAUGAAACUUCACCUCCUUGGAGCCCACCUGGCAAGGCUGUGUCCUCAAGAAGCUAUUGAGACGUCCAUGAGAGAAGUUGAACGUUUUGCCCUCACUUAAUCACUAUUGCACAACAACUGAUUUU